UUAAUGUGAUACGUGAUUAUUAAGUAACUAUUUUUUAUUGUUAAGUAAUUAUUUUUUAUCAUUAAAUAAUAGACACAUUAAUUAUUUUUUUAAUGGAAGGAUUAACUUGAGACUAUAUCAAAACCAAAAACUUGAAUGGUAGACGCGAGAAUGAGAGGGAGAGUGAGAGAUAGGCAGACGGAUAAACAGAGAACUAAGGUUCGACAGACGGCACAGAGUUGGGAGUUUGUUGGCAAACAGAGAUCAGUGGAAAGGCAGAAUGGUAUAGGAACGAAAGGGAAGAGCCAGAGGGAGUUUGUUCCUUGGGGAUAUGACAGGAGCAUAUACAACCAGGCAGUGGCGUACUUUUUCACCAAUUUUCCUGAGGAUUGGAGCCAUGCAGAAAUGUGGGGAACCUUCAAGAAAUUCGGCAGGGUCCUUGCAAUCUAUAGUCCACCAAGGAAGGACAGAUCUGGGAAGCGCUUUGGGUUUGUGCGUUUCCUGGAUGUCAGAAAUGAAUGGGAAUUGGAAAGACAUCUGGACCAAAUAAGGAUCGGCAAAUACAAGCUGUGGGUGAACAAGGCAAAAUUUAGUAGGGAAGACUCCAUGAAGAAGCAAUUGUCGAGAGAAGACAUAGGGGUUGAUAAGUCAAGAAAGGCAUCUUAUGCUGAAGCAUCUUAUGCUGAAGUACUGAAAGGAGCAACAGGAACUGGGGCAGAUCUAGAACAGAGACAAACUUCCAGGCUCGGGUUAGGAAAGGAGCAGGUUUGGCAAGUAAGAAAUAAGGAAGAAGGUUCUGGGUUGGUUUUCAACACUAAGAAGGAAGAUCAAACUUGGCUCGAAGGUUGCUAUAUUGGCACAACAUAUUCAGUAGAGGCAAUACGGAACUUGCAGGAAAAGUUCUAUAUGGAAGGGCUCUUGGACUGCAAAUAUAAAGAGGAGUUGAAGGAUGUUGUAGAGUUGGGCAAAGAUUGGCUAAGUCAGUGGUUUCAGGAGGUCAGACCAUGGUCACCGAAUAUAAUCGCAAGCGAAAGAUUCCUCAUUUCAACAUCUGCAAUGGAGUUUAUUUCAAAGAAACUCCAAAUAGAGGUGGAUGGCAGGCCAGUGAAUUUGAAGAUAAUUGAAGAAGAAUCAGCAAAUGGCAUUUUCAAUAUGAAAACAGACUUCAAACCGUGCUUUGCAUCAAACUUUGAAGAGGAAGAUGAUGAAUCAUGGUCUAUGGGAUAUGCAGAUGAGGAAGCCAUGGCAGAUGAACCAGAUGAAGUAAAGCAAAUUGUCUUCUCAAGUGACAGUACUCACAAGAAAGAUGAUGACGUGGCAGCAAAAGAUGCAGUGGUGGAUGAAUCAUCAGUAAAUCUUCUUGUCCAUAUGAAUGUUGUGUGUCAGGCUUUUGAAUCAAACUUUGGGGGUACAAAAGAAAGUACCUACCAGCCACCUAGAAGCAUGGGAAAUGAACCAGGAGCAGGGGGGAUUGUAGCUGACAGCUUGUUGGAGACGCAAGUGAUGACUUGCAGGGGCGGGAGAAAGGAUUUAAAAGGGGGACUUUGUGUUGAAAAUGGGCAUGAGAAGUUAAGUAUUCAAAAUGGGCUGGAUGAGGAAAGCCUUGCACCUCUUUACAAUUCAAACAGGCCCACAGAAAAUAUAAAUCCAAGAUUUGAUGGAGGCACUUGUGAAGUCGGUGAGGAAGCCCACUCUAUUGAGAACCAGGCCAAGAUGGAUAAAAAGGAAGACUCUGGAAGAGGACAAAGAGGAACGUUGAACAGAGAAUCGCCUUUCAAAUCUGAUGGAGGAGUGGAAAGAGAUUCAGAAAAAUCCUUUUGGGAAGGACUUGAAAGUGAUUCAGGAAGGCUUGAAGAAUGGAUGGGAAGGGGAAAGAGUUGUGGUCUGAAGAAAAGAAAGGGUAGAAAGGCUCGAUCUUGUGCAUAUGUGUAUAUAAGUGCCCCUAUUAUUCUCCGACAUGCAGCGCGAAAUGGAGGGAGGAAGAAACAGCACAAAAAGCCAGGUUUGGAAGAUAAAAUUCCAAUUUUUUUGGGCAAAGACAACAAGGUGGCAGGGGAAUCAAUUGGAGAUAGUGAAAUAGCAAAUUGCAACAGAGACAGAUUGAAGCAAGCGGAAUUGGGUGGGGCAGCGAAAAUAUGGAAUUUAGCCAAGAAAAUUGGGGUGGUGGCUAUGGGCAACGAGGGUGAGGUUCUGCAACAGCUGGAAGAGAUGGAACAAAGGGACAAGAAAGGAUGGAAAAUAGAGGCAAAUAUGCAUGCAGUUAGCGGGAGGGAAGAUGGGAAGAAGAGGGAAUUGAGGGAAUUGUUAAUAAAAGAGAAAGUGGAGUUUGUGGCAAUUCAAGAAUCAAAACUUGAGCAUGUAGAUAAAAAGCUAUGUCGAAGCAUUUGGGGUUUUGAGAACAUGGAUUGGAUUGCAAAACAAGCAGAAGGACAAUCUGGUGGGCUUAUAAGCAUUUGGAAUUCUGAUGUCUUUAGGAAGCAUAAGAAUUUUGAAGGUGACGGUUAUAUUGCGGUAUUUGGGUUUUGGGGGCUUGAAGGGACACCUGUGAAUAUUGUGAAUGUUUAUGCACCAUGUGAGAUGCAAGGCAAAAGGAGGUUAUGGGAAGAUUUGAAAAGGCUGAUCCAUGAACAAAAGGGCAACUUGUGUGUUAUGGGAGAUUUUAAUGCAAUCAAGUGCAAGGAAGAAUUUGCUGGAAGCAGGAGACAACAGUGUGAACUAAAGGAAUUUGAUGAAUUCAUACUAGAAACUGAGUUGCAAGAUCUGCCACUAAUAAGGAGGAAGUUCACUUGCUAUCACUCAAAUAGAAAUUCUAUGAGCAGAUUAGACAGAUUUCUCUUAAGUGAGGAAUGGCUGUUGAAUUGGGGGGAAGUUAAACAAUGGGGGUUAAAAAGAUCAAUCUCAGACCAUUGUCCUAUUCUGUUGAAAGAUGAAAAGAUUGAUUGGGGACCAAAACCAUUCAAAGUAUUUGAUGCCUGGUUUGAUCAACCUGAUUUCCAAGAGUCUAUAACUACAACAUGGAGGACAUUCUUAAUAGUUCAAGGAAGGAGAAGCUUUAUUUUGAAAGAAAAACUCAAGAAGUUAAAAGCUUUUUUGAAGAACCAAAGCAAGAAUAUCAUGCUAGAAGUAGAUAACAGAAUCAAUCUUGCCAAGGAUAUAAGGAAGAUAGACUUGAUUGGUGAAUCACAGCAACUAUCUGAGAUAGAGAAGGAUAUCAGGAAGAACAACCAGUUAGAACUCUGGAACAGUUUGAAGACCAAAGAGAGGAUGUGGAGACAAAAAGCUAGAAAAGAGUGGAUUAAAGAUGGAGAUGAAAACACACGCUUCUUUCACAAAUGCGGAAAAGGAAGGUGGAGGAGAAAUGAGAUCAACAGUAUAUGGAUUGAUGACAACAAUUUCCAAGGAGUUGACAAGAUUAAAGAAGAAAUAGCUACACACUUUGAGAAGAUGUUCAUGGAGGAAGAUUGGGUAAGACUGACUCUACAAGGCUUGCAUUUCAAACAACUAUCAGUAGAACAAAAUGAGGCAUUGACAGCUCAGUUUGAGGAGGAAGAGGUCAGAAGGGUUAUUUGGGAGUGUGAUAGCUCCAAAGCACCAGGCUCAGAUGGCUUUAACUUCAAUUUCAUCAAGAGGAUGUGGGAUGUGAUGAAAGAGGAUAUUUUAGGCUUCGUCCAUGAAUUCCAUGAAUUUGGGAAGCUGAACAAAGGGCUAAACACUUCUUUUUUAGUACUCAUCCCAAAGACAGAAAACCCCCAAAAAAUUGAUGAAUUCAGGCCAAUCUCAUUAAUCCACUCUAUGUAUAAAAUAAUUGCCAAGUUACUAGCAAAUAGACUUCGGCAAGUAAUGGAUGGCUUGAUAGGAGAACAGCAGAUGGCUUUUUUAAGUGGAAGACAACUGAGCGAGGGUGUGGUGAUUGCCAAUGAGGUUUUGGAUGAAGCAAAAAGGAAGAAACUGAAGACCUUUGCUUUUAAAGUAGAUUUUGAAAAAGCUUACGACAAGGUUUCAUGGAACUUUUUAGAAUUCAUGAUGAUGAGUAUGGGGUUUCAUGAACAGUGGAGAAGGUGGAUUAUGGAGUGUCUUCAAUCAAGCUCAGUGUCAGUACUAGCAAAUGGAAGUGCUACAAGGCAGUUUCAAGUUCAACGGGGGCUCAGACAGGGAGAUCCACUUUCCCUGUUUAUAUUCCUAAUCGUGGCAGAAGGUUUGAAUGGCUUAAUUUAGUCGGCUGUUUCUCAGCAAUUGUUCAAAGGGGUGAAGGUCGGGAGCAAUGAUUUUACCAUUUCCCAUCUACAGUUUGCCGAUGAUAUGAUCCUCUUUGGUCACGCAACAGAAGAAAAUGUGUGGGUUGCUAAAAGCAUCAUGAGAGCAUUUGAGUUCGUCUCUGGCUUAAAGAUAAAUUUCAGAAAGAGCA